GGAAAGAUCGGAAUAGUUCUCUAGCUUGUGCUAAUCUAUUAAACAAGUAUUUCAAAAAACACUGGCCUGAUUCUGGCUUCCUCUUGUUUAAAGAAUCCUAAUACAAAUGAUGAGCCACAUUCGUAAAUUGAACAACCCCGCUGGUGAACGCAACAAGGCUCUGAUUCUGGAAGUCCUGUUCAAAUUUCUGGACAAAAGCCGACCAAACCAAAAGUUGCUGGAAAUUUCCUCCGGAGUGGGCAUGCACGCGGCGUACUUUGCGUCUCAUUUUCCCCAGAUCCACUACCAACCGUCCGAGUACGAUACGUCCCUGUUCGGAAGCAUAGAGGCCUACCGGGCGGAAGCGAAUGCACCGAAUCUACAAUCACCAACAGCGAUCGACAUUUCCAAACCAUGCAGCGAGUGGGACAAUGACCAUGGUAUAAAUUUGGCCAGCUCAGCCGAAAGUUUCGACUACAUGAUAAACAUCAAUAUGAUGCACAUAUCGCCAUUCGAGUGCAGCGAAGGCUUGUUUUGGAAUGCAGCCCGAUUGCUGAAGAUGGGAGGACUGUUGAUCACCUACGGACCUUAUGCGCUCGAUGGAAAGCUCAGCCCGGAGAGCAAUGUUCAAUUUGACGCCUCGUUGAGACACCGGAAUCCAGCGUGGGGUAUUCGAGAUGUAAGAGUGCUGGAGAAACUGUCGAAAGCUAAUGGCAUCACGUUGAAACAGAUGUUCGAUCUACCCGCAAAUAACAAGUGUUUGAUCUGGGAGAAGGUAAAGCAUUUGCAAAAAUAAGGAAUGUUAUAAAUAAAUAUUAAAA